AUGGUCGGACCAAACUAUCGGCGUCGCGCACGCGGCCACUUUGACUCGGGUCGUCAUGAUUAUGCGGUUGCAUUGAUGCUCAUGCUCGUGCGUCAAGUGCAACAGCUGGAUCGAAAACCGCCCGCCACACUUGGACUGAUGGCACUGAUGUACAGCCUUCACUUUCUACAGACCAUCACGCCCGAGCUCGUUGUUCCGUACUUUCUCUGUCCCGAUCGAAUUCUAUACAAGUUUGAGCUCAUGCGGAUCGUCGCCUCGGGUCUCAUCCACGUAGAUGAAUGGCACUUGUACCACAACAUGAUAUCAUUUCUUUGGAAAGGGUACAAUCUGGAGCACAAGUUGGGAAGCGUGCGUUUCUUGCUGACCGUUGGUCUCUUGCUCGUCCUGAGUCAUACUCUCGUAGUCGUCGUAGCACUCGUUCUUGCUACAUGCUUUCAGAUACCGGACCCUUUGCACCAGUGUAGUGUGGGCUUCUCGGGCGUCCUUUUCGCACUAAAAGUUCUUUUGAACCACGAUUCCCCAGCGUUUUCAUUCGUGCACGGGUUCCGAGUGCCUACGAAAUACGCAGCAUGGCUAGAACUGGUGGUAAUCUACCUCCUCGUACCGCAAAGUUCGUUCGUGGGCCAUAUGUGUGGCAUCCUAGCUGGAUACAUGUGCGUUAGUUUCCCAUCGAUGCGAUCGACUAUGAUCGUCGGGAGUCGCUGGACCAAUCGAUGUCUGCGGAAGCUAAUGGAGCGGAUCACCCUCCGACGAAACAUGGGCACAAGAAGUGCACCGCAACGUGCUUCGCGUGGAUCGUCCACCUCAUCGUUCGAGACGGACGAAGAGUUGGCACAGCGACUUCAAGAAGAAGAAUAUCGGUCUUGGCAAGCUCCACGAUGGCAACCUGAACAACGUGAUCAUGGACACAUUGACGCAAGCGAGCUUCGACGUCGACGUUUGGCUCGAUUUGCAAGUGGCCAAAGAUGA